ACUUGCUUUAGGGAGGGUCGGUAGAACCUCUUCUUUGUCAUCUGCUUUGUUAUUAUAAGUUCAUUUCUCACCAUCUUCGGUUACUAUCUUUUUGCUACAGCAAAGAAUCCCACUACCAGCUUUCUUUGCUCUCUCUCUCUCUGCAUUAAUCUUGCUCAACUUGCCUCAGCUUAUGUGGGGAUUAGUAGUGAAUCGUUAAUAUAGGAUCUGUUUAGCCGAGCAGCGCAAUAGUGACUGUUCCCAUUGCAAAGGCGUGUGUAUAGCACUACGUCAAUACAGAUCUUUGAUUCGGAGUGGUUGUGUCGACACUGAAAAUGCAGGAUCACGCAUCACAACACACAUUGCUGACUCCACUUCUACAGGCUUGUUAUACUACCACACGAACUGUUCGAUAGAUGGCCGCAACGAUGAGGAAGCUCGUAGUGGAGGUGGUGGAGGCCCGGAACCUCCUCCCGAAGGACGGCACCGGCACGUCGAGCCCCUACGUGCGCGUCGACUUCGACGGGCAACGCAGAAAGACCCGCACGGCGCAGCGCGACCUCAACCCGACGUGGAACGAGGCGCUGGAGUUCGACGUCGCGGCCGCGGCGGACCUCGACGAGCCGCUGGAGGUGGACGUGUUUCACGACGUCAGGGUGGGGCCGAGCCGGCGGAACAACUUCCUCGGGCGGGUGAGGUUGGAUUCGCGGCAGUUUUGCGUGCGGAAGGGCGAGGAGGCGCUGAUGCACUUCCCGCUGGAGAAGAAGAGCUUCUUCAGCUGGGUCAGGGGGGAGAUCGGCUUGAAGGUGUAUUAUGUCGACGACCCCGUCCCCGCACCUGCUGCUGCUGCUGCUGCUGCUGCUGCUGCGGAGCCGGAUAAUUCUGCCGCUAACGAUAGUAGUGAUGAACCGAAUUCUGUCCAUGAGAAUUGUAAUGAACCUGCAGCACCGCCGCUGGCGGAGGCUCCAAAUGCGGAGAAGCCUGCGGAAGCGCCACCGGCCGAGGCCGAGGCCGACGGAGCAACCGCAGCUGCAAGUGCUGCUACUUCCGAAUUGGAAGAAACGGCGCCGGCGGCGGUGCCUACGGAGAAUUCUGAAAAGCCCGCGGAAGAAUCGGAUCGGCAAAACAUGGAGGCAAAAGAAGAAGCGCCGCCCGAGCCAAUUGCGGCGGCGGCGGUGGAGACAAGAAGUGAGCCGGAAAAGGAAGCGGCGGGUCCCGAAUGGGCGCCGCAGCGGCCGCGUCGGAUGAAGGGGAUGGGGGCGGAGAUCGCCAGGGAGGGGCCCGCCAAGUACGACCUGGUGGACAAGAUGCAGUACCUGUUCGUGCGCGUGGUGCGCGCGCGCGGGCUCCCCGCGGGGGCGGCGCCGCGCGUGCGCGUGGCCGCGCACGGGCGCCGCGCCAGCACGCGGGAGGCGCGGCGCGCGGGGCCCCACCACGAGUGGGACCGCACCUUCGCCUUCGCCCGCGAACCCUACUCCGGCGACCCCGCCGCCGCCCCCGCCGCGUCGCUCGAGGUCUCCGUGUGGGACCUGCCCCCCGGGGAGGAGGACGACCACGACGCCGACGCCGACGACGCCGAGGGGGAGGAGAGGCAUCUCCUCGGCGCGCUCUGCUUCGACGCGUCCGAGGUCCCCCUGCGGGACCCACCCGACAGCCCCCUGGCCCCGCAGUGGUACCGCCUCGAGGGCCCCCGCGGCGGCGGCGGCGGCGGCCAACUGAUGCUCGCCACGUGGAUCGGGACCCAGGCGGACGAAUCCUUCGCCGACGCGUGGAAGGCCGACGCGCCGCCCUCCGCCGGGUCCUCGCGCUCCAAGGUCUACGUCUCCCCCAAGCUGUGGUACCUCCGCGUCACGGUGAUCGAGGCCCAGGACGCGCUCCCCUCGCCGACGCGCGACGCCGCGAUCGCCGUCGCCGUGCGCGCGGCACUGGGGUCUCAGGUGCUCCGGACCCGCGCCGCCGCGUGCCGCGGCGGCGCCCCGUCGUGGAACGAGGACCUCAUCUUCGUGGCCGCGGAGCCCUUCGGCGAGGACGAGCGCCUCCUCCUCUCCCUCGAGAUCCGCGGCGCCGGCAAGGACGCCGCCGCCGCCGCCGUGGGCUCGGCCGCGCUCCCCCUCUCCGCCGUGGAGCGCCGCGUCGACGACCGCACGGUAGCCUCGCGCUGGCUCGACGUCCUCCCCACCGUCAAGAAGAAGGGGGGCCCGGGACAGGGACACGGUCACGUGCCGGGGGGGAGGCUGCACGUGCGGGCGUGCCUGGACGGGGGGUACCACGUGGCGGACGAGGCGCCGCACGCGUGCAGCGACUACCGCCCCGCGGCGCGCCAGCUGUGGCGGGCGCCGCUGGGGGCCGUGGAGCUCGGCGUGGUCGGCUGCAGGGGCCUGCUCCCCAUGCGGACCCUCCGGGGGAAGGGCUCCACCGACGCCUACGCGGUCGCCAAGUACGGGCCCAAGUGGGCCCGCACCCGCACCGUCGCCGACUCCCUCGACCCGGCCUGGAACGAGCAGUACACGUGGCCCGUCUACGACCCCUGCACCGUCCUCACCCUCGCCGUCUUCGACGAGUCCCCGCCGUCCGAUCCCGACGCCGGGCCCAAGGACCCCGCCCCACCCCCGUGCUCCCGGCCCAUGGGGAAGGUCCGGAUCCGGGUCUCGACCCUCGAGACCGAUCGGGUCUACCGCGGAUCCUACCCGUUAAUUUUAAUGCUCCCCGGUGGCGCCAAGCGCAUGGGGGAGAUCGAGCUCGCGGUGCGCUUCGCGCGCGCGGGGUCCGUGCUGGAUCUGGUGCACGCGUACGGCCUCCCGAUGCUCCCCCCAAUGCACCACGUCCGCCCGAUCCCCCCGGCACUGCAGGAGCCGCUGCGGCUCCUGGAUGCAGCCGAGCCCCGCGGGUUCAGCAUGCGGAAGGUGCGCGCCAAUUGGCACCGGAUCGUGGCCGCGCUGGCGUGGACCGCCGACGCGGCGCGGUGGGUCGAGGACACUCGGAAUUGGCGGAACCCGACGGCGACAGCGCUCGCGCACGGCGCGCUCGUGCUGCUGGCGUGGCACCCGGACCUGCUGCUGCCCGUGCUGGCGGUGCACUUCGCGGCGGUCGGGGCCUGGAGGUACCGGAGACGCCUGCAGGGGCCCGUGCCUCACCCUUGCGUGAGGGUGUCGAUGGCAGAGACGGCAGAUAGGGAGGAGCUGGACGAGGAGUUCGACCCGGUGCCGAGCACGAGGGCCGCAGAGGUGGUGUGGGCGAGGUAUGACAGACUCCGGGCGGUUGGGGCGAGGGUGCAGGCGAUGCUGGGCGACGUGGCGGCGCAGGCGGAGAGGGUGCAGGCGCUGGUGACGUGGAGGGACCCGCGCGCCACCGGAAUGUUCGUGGCGAUGUGCCUGGCGGUUGCAGUGGUGCUUUAUGUGGUCCCAUCGAGGAUGAUGGCGGUGGCGGCGGGGUUUUACUACCUCCGGCACCCGAUGUUUCGGGAUCGGAUGCCGCCAGCGGCGCACAACUUCUUCCGGCGGCUGCCCGCGCUAUCCGAGCGCAUCAUAUAACAGAAACUUCAGCUUCAAAUCCUCAAGAGUGAUGAGCGCGCUUUGCAGGGUUCAAAAGAGUAUUGUGCAGUUCAUUGCAGUUUGAGGGUAACAAGUCUCAGUAAUCUCUUAUCAGAAAAUAAGGACGUGAACGAUCAAAUGAAAAACGUCGUUCCAGUCAAUGAACUGGAGACUUUAUGUAGAAUUUCAACGCUACAAAGACCAAGCAGGGAAAAAGGCAAAAAUUUCAUCAGCCGUAAUACAGCAGCAGAGAGUGUAUGCAUACAUCUUAUUCAAUCUUAUGGUCAGCGACGAGCAAGUUAUUGCUAGAGUACGUGUUGAAGCUUUAGCAUGCUUCCCAAACAAAAUGUACGACGAAAAAUAUAUAUCGAUUCCAUCAUUACUUUAUGGUGUUAAUUCUUUAA